AUGGUAGCCAGUCAAAAUGGUCAUGGUGAUAUCGUUGAAUUAUUGCUAGAGAAGAAUGUUCCAAUGAAUACCCAAGCCAAAACUGGAGAAACAGCUAUUUUUUUGGCUAGCCAGAAUGGUCACUCUUCUGUUGUUUCUAUCUUACUUUACAAUGGAGCAAAUCCUAACUUUGCUAGUAAUGAAGGUGCAACACCUCUUAUGGUAGCCAGUAAAAAUGGUCAUGGUGAUAUUGUCGAAUUAUUAUUAGAGAAGAAUGUUCCAAUAAAUACCCAAGACAAAAAUGGAGUAACAGCCGUUUAUAUUGCUAGCUGUAAUGGUCACUCUUCUGUCGUUUCUAUCUUACUUUGCAAUGGAGCAGAUCCUAACUUAGCUAGUAAUGAAGGUACAACACCUCUUAUGUUAGCCAGUCAAAAUGGUCAUGGUGAUAUCGUCGAAUUAUUAUUAGAGAAGAACGUUCCAAUAAAUACCCAAGACAAAAAUGGAGUAACAGCCGUUUAUAUUGCUAGCCAUAAUGGUCACUCUUCUGUCGUUUCUAUCUUACUUUGCAAUGGAGCAGAUCCUAACUUAGCUAGUAAUGAAGGUACAACACCUCUUAUGUUAGCCAGUCAAAAUGGUCAUGGUGAUAUCGUUGAAUUAUUAUUAGAGAAGAAUGUUCCAAUAAAUACCCAAGACAAAAAUGGAGUAACAACCAUUAACUUUGCUAGCCAGAAUGGUCACUCUUCUGUCGUUUCUAUCUUACUUCACAAUGGAGCAGAUCCUAACUUAGCUAGUAAUGAAGGUGCAACACCUCUUAUGUUAGCCAGUCAAAAUGGUCAUGGUGAUAUUGUUAAAUUAUUAUUAGAGAAGAAUGUUCCAAUAAAUACCCAAGCCAAAGGUGGAGUAACAGCUAUUGCUUUGGCUAGCUAUAACGGUCACUAUUCUGUCGUUUCUAUCUUACUUCACAAUGUAGCAGAUCCUAACUUAGCUAGAAAUGAUGGUGCGACACCUCUUAUUGUAGCCAGUCAAAAUGGUCAUGAUGAUAUCGUUGAAUUAUUAUUAGAGAAGGAUGUUCCAAUAAAUACCCAAGACAAAAGUGGAACAACAGCUAUUUAUAUGGCUAGCCAGAAUGGUCACUAUUCUGUCAUUUCUACCUUGCUUUGCAACGGAGCAGAUCCUAACCUAGCCAGGACCAAUGGUUGGACACCUCUUUUAAUAGCUUCUGCCGCAGGACAUAAUGAAGUUGUGAGAGAGUUAUUGAAGACCAAAGUUAAUAUCAAUCAUCAAACUCCUACUGGUACUACAGCAUUACAUCUUUCUAGUCAAUAUGGAUAUGAGAAUAUUGUUAGACAGCUAUUAGAGAGUGGUGCUAAUCCACUUAUAAAAGACACGUUUGGCACGACACCUCAAGAUAUUGCUCAUCAAGAAGGUCAUCGUAACAUUGUGUCACUCCUUCGAGAAGCUAACGAAGAUCAAGAGUCAUUAGUAGGUUCUGUAGAGUCAGGUUAUACAACUGGCGGACUAUCAAGUGAUCAGUCAUCAGUAGCAGACUCUGAUAUUGCACAACUCUCUGAUUUAGAAGAAGAUGAUUUUGAUAUAAAGACAAAUACUUGUAUACAACAG